CAUUAAGGUACUACCUGAUUCACGAUGAGAGUCGCCGUGUCUUUGGCGGCCGUUGCGUCGCUGCGCAUCGCCGUUGCUGCCGUGACUAUCGCCGAGAUCAAUGGCAACAAGUUCUUGUCUCCCUUGGCCGGCCAGACGCUCGCCAACAUCACCGGCCUGGUCACUGCGAAGGGACCGGACGGUGUGUGGAUCCGCUCAACAACGCCCGACGAUGAUGCCCGCACCUCGGAAUCCAUCUACGUGUACAGCAGCACCGUCGGGACGAACCUGAAGGUCGGCGAUAUCAUCUCCCUGGGGGCAAAGGUCGACGAGUACAGGUCUGCCGACACUUACCUGUACCUUACCGAGCUCAGCUCGCCAAAGGAUGUCAAGGUACUGUCGAGUGGGAACGAAGUGACUCCCCUCAUCAUCGGCGAGGACACCCUCCCCCCACCAACGGUGCAGUACACCAGCCUCGACGGUGGCGACAUCUAUGCGGUCCCCAACGCCGUGGUCAACAUCUCGGCUGUCAAUCCCGUCUUGGAUCCCGCCAACUAUGGCUUGGACUUCUGGGAGAGCCUCGUGGGCGAGCUUGUAACUAUCCGGAACCCGAGGGUCAUUGGUAGACCCAGUAGCUACAGAGAUACAUGGGUGGUCGGCGAUUGGCCCGUCACUGGAAAGAGCUCCCAUGGCAGUUUGACCAUGUCUGACCUAGACUCCAACCCCGAGGCCAUCAUCAUUGGCACCCCCCUCGACGGGACGCGCAACCCAAACCAGUCGAAGAUCGGCGACCAGGCCGAGGACAUCACUGGAAUCGUCACCCAGGCCUUUGGAUUCUACCGCGUGCUGCCCCUCACCGGGAUCCAGAUCGCCGUCAACGCCACUGCCGCGUACCCGCCGACGACUCUCAAGAGCAAGGGCAACUGCCGCGCCAUCACUGUGGGGGAUUAUAACGUAGAGAAUAUGUCCCCGAAGACAGCAAAUCUUCCCAAGGUCGCCGCCCAGAUCGCCAACCACCUCGGCGCGCCCGACCUCAUGUUCGUCCAGGAGAUCCAGGACGACAACGGCUCGGGCAACAACGGCGUCGUGACCGCCAACCUGACGCUGACGACCCUGGUGGCCGCCAUCAAGACCAUCAGCAACGUGACCUACAACUUUGUCGAGAUCGCCCCCGUCGACGGCCAGGACGGCGGCGCGCCCGGCGGCAACAUCCGCGUCGCGUACCUGUACCGCCCCGAGGUCCUCAGCCUGUGGAACCCCAACCCGGGCUCCAGCACCGACGCGAACGAGGUCCUGCCCGGCCCCCAGCUCAAGUACAACCCGGGCCGCAUCGACCCGGCCAACGACGCUUGGAUCGUCACCCGGAAGCCCCUGGUCGCGGCCUGGAUGGCCAAGGGCGCACGGAAGCCCUUCUUCACUGUCAAUGUGCACAUGUCGUCUAAGGGCGGGAGUAGCUCUCUGCACGGUGAUGUCCGGCCGCCUAUCAAUGGCGUUAUAGAGCCCCGGAUCAAGCAGGCCGAGGUCACGGGCAAAUUCAUCGCCCAGAUCCUCGCCGAGGACCCAGCGGCUCGUAUCAUCGCCGCCGGCGACUUCAACGACUUCACCUUUGUCCAGCCCAUGAAGACGUUCGCUGCUACGUCGGGGCUGCGAGACCUCGAUGAGGUUGUUAACAUGCCUGCCGAGGAGAGGUAUACGUAUACUUUUGAUAUGAAUACCCAGGCCCUCGAUCACAUGUAUGUCAGUCCCGCGCUGGUGGCCAAGGCGCAGUAUGAGCACCUGCAUGUCAACUCGUGGGCGGCGCCGGCGGAUGUGGUGUCGGAUCAUGAUCCUAGCUUGGCGGUGCUUAAUGUGUGUGGGUGCUAGGGGAUGUUGGGGUGUGUAUAGAGCAUCCCUUGGGGAAGAGGGGUAAAAGUAAUGCUGCGUUUGCUACCCCUAGAGGUUACUUGCAAUAUG